AUGGCGAAGGUUGCGGAUCUUAUCAUGGGGCUCGGCGUUUCCCACGGCACUGAAUUGUUACUCGCCUACAGCCCUUUCGGCGAAUUCGACGAACUGCUUCGCCAAACGCUAAAGAAGGUUCCUCCCAACAUGCAGUGGUUCUCCUGGGGCUUUGACCAAGUGAUCUUCCUAUUCCACAUCUACCAAGCUGAAGGCAGCGGUACAGCAAGGCUCAAAAGCGCUUUGGAGGAAAUCGACGAGAACUACGACGAUUUCGUGUUCACCAUUCGCAAGCCCGGGUCCGGGAACAACGGUACCGGCGACGACGACGACGGGGAGGAUUUCGUCUUUAAUAUUCCAAAGAAGAUGGUGCAAGCAGUUGCUGCUCCGAUCAUCUUCACCAGCCCGCAUCCCAGGCAGACGCCUGGGUUCGGCCAGGGGCCUGCUGGUGCAAUAGGCGGGAACAGCAGCGGGAGCAGCAACCGGGUUCCCUCCGGGCAUCAGUCAGGGCGAAAAAGCCCAACUAUGUCAGGCGCUAAGGUCUCCCCCGACGAUGCAGCCGCAGCAGGAGGGGGAGAGGGAGGGGGGGGCGAGGGAAACCCGGCCCAAAGCGGGCUGAUAGCGAGAGCCAGAGCUGCGUGGUCUGUGCAGGUGGGGCGAUCGGGAGGGAAGGAUGGCGGGGGGACGUGGGAAGGGGAGAAGAUCCGGGGACAGGUGGGGAACCUGGCCCCGUCGGGGCUGACUUGGGAGGAGGAGAUUGCGUCGCAGUUGGCCUCGGUAGGGGUGCUGGUGGGGCCGGCUAAGGCCCAGGCCAUGGCUGCUGCGGCAGCUUCUGUUAAGGAAGCGAAAGGCGGUGGGGCGGAUGGAUCGGGUGACGGUACUGCUGCUGGUGGCGGGACCGGAGGGGUGGGAGCAGGAGGUGGAGGAGGAGGAGGGGCUGGGGGAGGGGCAGCAGGAGGGCCAGCAGGAGGAGGAGCAGCAGGUGUGACGACGCCUAGGAGCAGGCUGAACCAGCCGCCGAUCGAUCACGCGCGGUCAUUCUCCACUGCAGGCGCAGGGUCCGGGUUUGGCAUGCAGGGGUCGCGGCUGAGGGACCGCGUGUACGUGGGCAUGCCCGCACAGGCGGCUGGAAGGAUCUUUGCGCGCAACACGUCCAUGCCCAAUGGCGGGCGGCCAGCUGGCGGUGCGAUCGGGGCAGGGCUGGGCGGGGGCCUGGGGCGGCUGGCUCGGGGGCUGAAGAAGACUUUCAAUCUGCAGAGCAGUCAUGAUAAGCUGAUUGGGUGA